GCCGUUCGCCCUCACCGCAGAGUACUCUGCCCCCCCACAGUCUCUGGCAUCGUCUCCUCCAGCGGCCAUGCCUGCACCUGAAGAAGCCUCCACAUCUCGCCCGUCCUCGCCGGCGCCGCAAGAAAAGCCUUCCUUCAAGGCUCUCGGGCUCAUCGACCCGCUCCUCGAAGCCCUUCAGCAGCUCAGCUUCACGUCCCCGACCGAUAUCCAGACCGCCGCGCUUCCCCAUGCGCUCGAGGGCCGCGAUAUCAUUGGUGUCGCCUCGACAGGCUCAGGCAAAACUGCCGCGUUCGCGCUGCCGAUCCUCCAGAAGCUCUGGGACGACCCCCGCGGGCUCUUCGCCUGUGUCAUCGCGCCCACCCGCGAGCUAGCGUACCAAAUCACAGAGCAUUUCGAAGCGCUCGGCAGCGCGAUGGGCGUGCGCUGCGCCACCGUCGUGGGUGGAAUCGACGAGAUGUCGCAGGCGGUUGCUCUUGCGAAGAAGCCGCAUGUCGUGGUGGCGACGCCGGGUAGGCUACAGUACCACUUGGAGAACACGAAGGGCUUUAGCUUGAGGAGCCUGAAAUUCUUGGUCCUGGAUGAGGCAGAUAGACUGCUGGACAUGGACUUCGGUCCUAUACUCGAUAAAAUCCUGAAGGUCAUCCCCCAGGAACGGACGACAUACCUUUUCUCUGCAACAAUGACAACCAAAGUCGCCAAGCUGCAGCGUGCAAGUUUGUCGAAUCCUGUCCGAGUCGAAGUUUCCGAAAAGUACGCUCCCCUGCUCUUGAUACGGCUGCUCAUGAGACUAAGAGUCUCACGCAGGUACUCUACUGUAUCAACAUUGCUCCAAUACUACCUAUUCAUACCAUUAGUGCAAAAGGACGUCAAUCUCAUGUAUCUUGCAAACUCAUUGGCGUCGAAUUCGAUCAUCAUUUUUACAAGAACUGUACAUGAUUGCCAGAGGUUAGCGAUCAUGAUGCGCACGCUCGGCUUCCCCGCCGUUCCCCUGCACGGCCAACUGAGCCAAAGCGCGCGUCUCGGUGCACUCGGCAAGUUCAAGAGCGGUGGACGGAAAGUGCUCGUCGCGACCGACGUCGCAAGCCGUGGUCUCGAUAUCCCACACGUCGACGCCGUCAUCAACUACGACAUCCCAACGCAUUCGAAAGACUACAUUCACCGCGUCGGACGCACUGCGCGUGCGGGACGCUCGGGCAAGUCGAUCACGUUCGUCACGCAGUACGACGUCGAGCUCGUGCAGCGCAUCGAGAGUGUCACUGGUAAGAAGCUCGAGCUAUGGCCGACAGACAAAGAGGAGAUUGCGCUCCUUCGCGAACGCGUAGACGAGGCGGGCCGUGCGGCGACGAACGAGCUCAAGGACCAGGCGAAGGAGGGCCGCGGUAGGAAGCGGAGGUGGGACGUUGGAAGCGGCAGGGACGACAGGGAUCGAGACGAUGAUGUUGUCGAAGCAGGAAUGCCGAGUAAGAAGUCGAAGAAGAGGAAGUGAGCGUGUUGCUCUGUGCUUUGUGUAGCUUUAACUCUUAAACAUGAGGUCGGAGCGCAGAAUAUACUUCGUGCCCUUCAGAACGGGUGAGCCCUCGUGCAGGAGACACUCGUUACCAUGUCUAUGUAAGCGUCAGUUAUUGAAUGCCGCUCGGGCACGUAGACAUCACCUGUGAAGAAGAGCUGUUCCGCGGGUCAGCGGCGGGGUGAUAGUCUCCUUGGGCUGACCACGCUGCUGCCUGUAGAACAAAGUCUAUCGACACCUCAAUACCUGCUGCCGUGCAACAUCCCAUCGAGAUACGCACCUCUCCUCCUUCGACACCAUCUUGAACGCCGGUAAGGUAAAUAAGCAACGUCCACUCCGACUUAUCACCCGUCACCGAAUCACGCACAGAGUCGUCGUAGUGAGGACCAAAGUGCUGUCCGGGUGUGUACUUGUACAUCCGUAUAUUCGAAUUGAGGGAACUGGGGGCGCGUCCUACGCCUUCGUCGUUGUUUGGUCGGCGCACGGAUGCGGGGUGGGGAAACGGCGGAAAGUGUGGGGAAAUGACUUCAAGGAGCCUCUGGGCGAAGUCAGGCGAAGUCACGGAGAUACGGUCUGCUCCUUGUUAGCAAACUCAA